UUUGUUGACUAAGAGUUUUUCAGAAUUUGAACAAUUCUUCAUAAAAAAAAUGCUUUUGCUUAAGUACAUUAUUUUAAAUUUUUACUGUGUCUGGAAAAAAGAUGAUGAUUUCAAGUUUGUAAACUGUUACGGGAACAAGUAGUACACCAAUGAAUGGAAUAACUGAUGAAGCAUUUCCCAUCACUGAAUUUGACUAUGAUGAUGCAGUAACACCAUGUCACUCUGUGGGUUUGCAAACAUUUGUUUCUAAUGUCCUGCCAGCAUUUUAUUCUUUGGUAUUCAUCUUUGGCCUUGUGGGCAAUGUGCUGGUUGUACUCGUCCUCAUCAAAUAUAAGAAGAUUAAGGGCAUGACUGAUAUAUAUCUGUUAAAUUUAGCCAUCUCUGAUCUGUUUUUCAUUUUUUCACUUCCCUUUCGGAUUUAUUAUUCAAUACAUGACUGGAUAUUUGGAGACACAAUGUGCAAAAUUUAUGCUGGGAUCUUUUUUUUAUGCUUCUACAGUGGAAGUUUUUUCAUUGUCCUCUUGACCAUUGAUAGAUAUUUAGAUAUCAUUUAUUCAGCAUCUGCAUUAAAAUCCCGGACCAUACGCUAUGGUAUCAUUACAAGCAUUCACACAUGGGGCCUGGCAAUUUUAGUCUCUUCACCAGGAUUAAUUUUUUUUGGAUUACAGAUGGAAAACUAUAAGAAAUCUUGCACUUAUAAUUUUCCACAUGAAAAUCAUUUUGCAUGGAACAAAUUUUUUAUACUGAAAAUGUUCUUUAUAGGUCUGAUUUUUCCAAUGAUGAUUAUGACUUUCUGCUAUAUACGCAUCUUAAAUGCCCUGUUGAAAUCCAGGAAUGCGAAGAAGAACAAAACAGCCUGGCUUAUUUUUAUCAUCAUGGUUACUUACUUCCUCUUCUGGGCCCCGAACAACAUUUGUUUUUUGCUUCAGUUAUUUCACACUUCAUUUUUUGCUGACAACUGUGACAAUUUAAAGAGAAUGAAUGCAGCAUUGCAACUGACUGAAACAGUUGCAGUAGCUCACUGCUGUAUUAAUCCUUUGAUUUAUGCUUUUGCUAGUGAGAAGUUUAAAAAAUACGUUAUCAGCUUUUUCCAUCCAUGAAAUUCAUAUAUGUGUGAUGAUUCUCUGGACAGAACAGUUUCAUAUACUGACAUUCUAUCAGAAAUGAAGGCGUUUCAGCAAUCUUACAGAGUACAUGUGUGGAGAAAAAUAUGAUUUAGUUUUAUGGAUCAAGUCACUUUUAACAAAGCUACUUUGGUGUUAGAAGACCAGAUUUGAACUGAAUGAAGUGUGUUUUGGUAAUGUUAGUUUACGAAUUACGUAGUACAUGAAUAAGACAUGCAGUUCUAAUUGAAAUAUAGAUUUACUUGAGUACUUUGCAUACAGUGAAAAGAAUCAAGUCUUUGCUUGAGCAAAGCAUAUUAUAUGUACCAUAUCAUAUCUGAGAUACAUUUAAAAUAUCUUUUAUAGCCGAACAUAUUUGAUAAUUUUAACUUCAAAGAGUUUCAAUUCACUUUUUGAAAAAAUAAGUACUUUAUUCUUUCUAAAUAUACUGAGGCUGUAGUUUUAUUAAUAUUUUUGGUAUGUUAGUGUAAGUUCCCCCUGUAUAAGUUACCUCUGUAUAAUCAAGAAAUAGAUUGCAUUAUGAAUGCUGUAUUUGUACACUAUUCUGAUAUUGCAGGUUUCCUGUAUUGCUCUAAAAAGAUGGACACAGUCCAAGAUUAUUUUUCAGAAAAUUACUAAGCUGUGAAUUUGGAUGUCAAGAAAGGUUAUGUAGCAUGAUGAAAAUGUUGGGAAAUCUAAAGUGUUCACUGUAAGGGGAAAGGUCCUUCAAGGUUGUUAUAUUCCAUCAACAUGUGAAAUUCCUCCUGUAACUAAUUUUUUUCUGCACUAGGAAGAAAAGUUUUAAAAAUAUUAUUUUAAUGUAAUUGUCUUAGCAGUAGUUUGAUAUUGGUGCAAAAAUUACAGCAAAUAUUACUUGUG